UGUACUCACUCAAACAAAGCCUGAUUUGAUUGGUCUUUUAGUGAGUCGUCCCAUCAUUGCAUGCGCCCUUCAAACUCCCCUUAGUUAGUUAAUUUUUCUGCUGCAUCCUAGCUAGCUAAUACUCCGUAUGAUAUAUGAUCCAAAUUGAUAGAGAGAGAGAGAGAGACCUCCCACAUACCACCCAGGGGGGAAACAAAUUAAAGUUAGCAUAUAAAAAGUAGAGCCAGAGGUUUGCAUUGCAAUACAUUAGUACUCCGUAUCAUUUAUUAAUUGUGUGUGUGUCACCAGAAUGUCAGUGCACUCCACUUUGGUUGUUUGUGAGACAUUCCCAGUCUCAGUCUCUGACAUUCCAAGUGCUCUGCCUUCUCAACAAUCCUCGAUCAGCAUAUGUCCUUUUGUUUUAUUGGCCACACACUCCAACAGUACAAUUCACUUAGCUUAGCUUCCAUCAAUAUAUAUAUAUAGAGAAUACUUAUUCUCUCUCCAUCCUAUCACCUCAGUUUAAACGCAUAGCUAGUACGUGUUUACAACAUGUAGCGACUAAGUUUGUCCAUCUCCAUCUCAUCUUCCUCUCUCGAUCUGUGUAUAAAUUAAAGCUCCGAUCCAGAUUUGAUUUGCCAUGGAUAAAACUAAUUAUUGUCUCCAAUUUCCAUUUCGCUACUCCUUCUUUAACAUCGUAGCCUCCUUUUUGUGCCUUUAUAUCAUCAUCUUCUUUCCGUGUGCAAUCUCUGGUACCGCCGCCGAGGCCGAGUGCACCUGCAACGGCAACGUUGAAGGUCAAUUACACUACAGCAGCAAAGUCACAGUGGACUCUCUCAAAUAUAGACUAGUUGCAAUUGCUUCAAUUCUGGUUGCAGGUGCUGCUGGGGUGAGCAUCCCGCUUCUGGCUAGAAAGUAUGAACGUUUAGGGCCGGAGAAUGAUAUAUUCUUCAUGAUCAAGGCCUUUGCUGCAGGUGUGAUCUUAUCCACAGGUUUUGUUCACAUACUGCCUGAUGCAUUCCAAACACUGACAUCGCCGCUCCUUAAAGACACUAAUCCCUGGGCCAAAUUCCCUUUCUCUGGUUUAAUUGCGUUGACGGCAUCCAUUGCAAUUUUGAUGGUGGACACACUUGCUAUGAGCUUUUUCAGGAAGAAGAUGCACUUUGACAAGACGACUAAACUGCCGCAGGUGAUGAUGGUGAGUGCAGAUGAAGAAGAGGCCAAAGAUGAUGCUGCUGCUGCAGGCCACAUGCACAUACAUACUCAUGCGGCUACCCACGGUCACGCACAUGGACAUGGACAUGGAGCAGCAGCCUAUCUUGAUCCCCCCCAAUCUAAUAAUGAAUUAGUGCACCUAUCGGAUCGAAUACGACAGCGUGUCUUAUCGCAAGUACUGGAGCUGGGAAUUGUGGUUCAUUCAGUCAUAAUAGGAUUGUGCUUGGGUACUUCACAAACCCCUGAAACAAUAAGACCUUUGUUAGUUGCUUUGUCAUUCCACCAGUUCUUUGAAGGGAUGGGACUUGGAGGCUGCAUCGCGCAGGCAAAAUUCAAGUCUGUAUCUACAGCAGUGAUGGCAGUAUUUUUUUCCCUGACCACCCCAGUUGGGAUUGCAACCGGGAUCGGGAUAUCCAGUGUCUAUAAUCCACAUAGCUCCACUGCACUAAUUACACAAGGCGUUCUGAAUUCUGCCUCCGCAGGCAUCUUAAUUUACAUGGCUCUUGUUGAUCUGCUAGCUGCUGAUUUUAUGAAACCAAAGAUUCAAAAUAACGUCAGACUGCAGCUGGGGGGCCAUGUUUCCCUUGUUCUAGGAGCUGGGAGUAUGUCUGUAUUGGCCAUGUGGGCCUAAUGGAUGAUCUUAUUCAUUCAAUCCCCUCCCCCCUCAGCUCACUGUUAUGUACUUUCUCCAUCAUGUCCUAUGUCUCAUCUACCUGUGCGUGAUUGCAGUGUCAUCCAUCUGUAAUAUAAAUAAAUAAAUAAAUUGUUCAUUUUUGUUUGAAAAAAA